UAAAUCAAGAGAAAGAAUUUUUGACAUAUAAAUCAAGAGAAAGAAUUUUUGACAUAUAAAUCAACAGAAAGACUUAUCGACAUACAAAAAACCAUCAUGUUUCGACGCAUAUGCAGUAUUUUUAAAUGUUUUACGAAAGUUAAAAAAGAGAAAAAUGAAAUCAUUUUGGUACUACCGAAGAUGUACACAGAAAUGCCCUGUUUGGUGCAAUCGACUGGAUAUGGCAAUCUCCUCUGCCAGGAACCAGUAGUAACCAAUGUUAAUAAUAUCAGUGAGAAACAACCUGAGGAAAUCAUUGCCCAUGACAUUUGCCAGGAGACAAAUAUUGGCCAUAACAGCUGCCAAGAAGAACCUGAUGAAAACAAUGGUCAUGACAUCUGCCAGGAAGAACCUGAAGACAAUAUUAGCCAUCACAGCUAUCAGGAGCAACCUGAGGAGCCUGGCACAGAGAUCAGCCAGAGUAAUGCCUCAGAGGAGGAAGAAAAUCUAGAAGAAGAAAGUCUAGAAGAAGAAAGUCUAGAAGAACAAAAUCCAGAAGAACAAAAUCUAGAAGAGGAAGAAGAAAGCAGUAAUGAUAAUCCAUUUCCAUUUCUUGAGGAGCAACCUGAGGAGCCUGGCACAGAGAUCAGCCAGAGUAAUGCCUCAGAGGAAGAAGAAAUUCUAGAAGAACAAGAGGAAGAAGAGAACAAUAGUGAUGACAUGCUUAUAUCUAGUGGGGAAGAAGAAAGCAUUAGUGAUAAUCUGUUUCCAUCACUUGAGAAACAACUUGAGGAAAUCAUUGCCCAAGACAUCUGCCAGGAGGAACCUGAGACAAAUAUUGGCCAUUUCCAGGAGCAACCUGAGGAGCCUGGCACAGAGAUCAGCCAGGGUUAUGCCUCAGAGGAAGAACAUAAUCUAGAAGAACAAGCAGAAAAAGAAAACAAUAGUGAUGACAUGGUUAUAUGUAGUGAUGAAGAAGAAAGCAUUAUUGAUUAUCUCUUUCCAUCACUUGAGAAACAACCUGAGGAAAUCAUUGCCCAUGACAAUUGCCAGGAAAAUCCUGAGACAAAUAUUGGCCAUUUCCAGGAGCAACCUGAGGAGCCUGGCACAGAGAUCAGCCAGGGUAAUGCCUCAGAAGAAGAACAUAAUCUACAAGAACAAGAGGAAGAAGAAAACAAUAGUGAUGACAUGGUUAUAUAUAGUGGGGAAGAAGAAAGCAUUUGUGAUGAUCUGUUUCCAUCACUAGAGGUCUGCAAUGAACAUGGAUUUGACAAACUAUGCCCGGACCCAAGUGGCUGGAUAGACCUCGAACAAUGUGUUGGAUCAGGAGGAUUUGGAGUAAUCCAUAAGGCAUGGCAUUUUAAGGAAAAGAAAGAAGUGGCCAUAAAAGUGAUCAAAGACCUUAGGGACAAUGAAGAGAUCCUUGCUGAACUGUACGUACUUGAACGCGUUUCUGGCCACGACAACUUCCCUGCCUUUUAUGGAGCCUUUUAUCUACGGCCCAGCAUUUCAAAUGAAGAGGCGCUAUGGAUUGCUAUGACAAUGUGUGCUGGUGGCUCCGUAGACGCCUUAAUUAGGAGCACGCCCAAUAGAUCCUUGGAUGAGACCUGGAUUUCAUACAUAUGCAAGAAAGUUUUACAGGGCCUGGAUUACUUACAGGAACUGAACGUGAUACAUCAUGAUCUCAAGGGCGCCAAUAUAAUGUUAACUUCUACGGCCCGUGUGAAGAUAAUUGAUUUUGGCCUUGCCACAAUAGGGCCCAUCAGUACAAGUAAUGCAGGAACCCGCUGUUGGAUGGCACCUGAAGUCCAUGCAUGUUUUACAAGAAAUGUACAUUAUAACUACAAGGUGGAUGUGUGGUCUUUAGGAAUCACAGCCAUAGAAAUGGCAGAAUACAAUCCUCCACACAUUAAACUCCGUGGUGCUGAGCUUUCCGAAAGGAUUAUGAAUGGUCCAGCUCCAGCUCUAAAAGAGGAUAUAUGGAGUAAUAAAUUCCAGAGAUUUCUUUAUAAAUGCCUUCAGAAGGAUCCAGCCAAAAGACCAUUCGCAAAGGAACUCCUAUUAAACCGAUUCAUCACAUAUAAUCGAGAUGAAGACGAGGUGCAAUAUAGCAUAGCGGAGCAUAUACAUAAAGGAGCAAAGAAAUAAGACAUUGAAGUUAAAGAUUCUCUCGCAACACCUCAUUAAGAAGACUUUGUCAAGACUUAGGAAGGAAAUGGAAGAAUAAUAUAUAAAUCCCAAAAUGGAUUCUACCCUUGCAAGAUAUGAAAUGUGGCUCCUUCAUUAUGUUCCCAAAAGGGAAAGGAGGGAAAGGGUUGGGAACACAAUGUAGGAGCCACAGUCCAUCUACUUCGGAUACUUUACCAAAUGUUUAUUUUUAUAUAAUCUAUUUAAAUGUAUACUUAUUUUCAUAUAUUAAUAAAAA